GUUAACUUUAAGUACCCAGGACUUUGUAUGACAUGGAUUCAGAAUCCUCACAACAAAAAUGUGUUAUCACAAAUGAACUACUUAGAAAGCCAGACCAUAACAAAGGACAAAAUGGAGAUGAGGACAUAGUUGCAGAGAUCAUGAGACGAUGUUUCUGUCCAUCUUUGAUAACCACCCAUACUUGGGAAGAAUUCAGUUUUGCUGGCCACAGGAUCAAGAUUACGGAAGCUACAGACAGUUAUGGAGCUGUGGUUUGGCCUUCGGCUCUUGUUCUAUGCUAUUUUUUGGAAACAAAUGUGAAGCUUUGUAACAUGGUUGACAAAAAUGUUAUUGAAAUUGGAGCUGGAACAGGCCUUGUCUCUAUAGUAGCCAGCUUGCUAGGUGCGCAUGUGAUUUCCACUGACUUGCCUGAAGUGCUAGGAAACCUUCAGUACAAUCUUCUCAGAAACACAAAACUGAAAUGCAAACAUGAGCCUCAGGUGAAAGCAUUGGUCUGGGGGGUGGACCUGCAGAAGAAUUUUCCCAGGUCUUCAUAUCAGUUUGACUACAUAUUGGCUGCUGAUGUUGUAUACCACCACCCUUACUUGGAAGAGCUGCUUCUAACCUUCGAUCAUUUGUGUAUGGAUAAUACCACCAUCAUCUGGGCCAUGCGGUUCAGACUGGAAAGUGAAAACUCGUUUGUGGACCAAUUCAAAAAACUGUUCCAUCUAGAAAUGAUUUCUGAUUUUCCUAGUUUAAAUAUAACCCUGUUUAAAGCAAAGAGGAGGCCAAAACAACUCCAAUAACUGCAUCCUGGAUUGUUGAAUGUCCAAUAAUUAGGCGGUUUAAUAAAAUAGACAAGACAAGGAAUAGAAUA